AGGGAUCUGAAAUAAAUAAGGAAGCAUGAUGUCAUCAUUAUGGUCUGAAUAUACAAUUGGUGGGGUGAAGAUUAGCUUUCCUUGCAAAGCUUACCCAUCACAACUUGCUAUGAUGAAUUCUAUUGUGAGAGGACUAAACAGUAAACAACACUGUUUGCUGGAGAGCCCCACAGGAAGUGGAAAAAGCUUAGCCUUACUUUGUUCUGCAUUAGCAUGGCAGCAGUCCCUAAGUGAGAAGCCAGUGGAGGAGGGCUCAAGUAAAAAGUGUGAUGUACCAUUGUUAUGUUGUUGUACAUGUCAUUCAAAGAACAAUGACACAAACCAAGGAACAUCUCACCAUUUUAGCAAUCCAAGUACACCACCUUCUGGAAGAAAUAAUACUUCAUCAACUUGUCAAGACUCUCCCGAAAAAAGCACACUGGCAGCAAAGUUAUCAGCCAAGAAACAAGCUUCUGUAUACAGAGAUGAAAGUGAUGAUUUCCAAGUAGACAAGAAACGAAUUCGACCCUUGGAAACUGCACAGCAGAUCAGAAAACGUCUUUGUUUUGAAAAUGAAAUACCCCAUUUGGAUACUAAAGUUGCUUCAGGAAAGGCUGUAAUACCCACCUCCCCAUCAGGAAACAGAAACUCCUUUCUCCCACAAACCCCCCCUGGGCACUGUUCUAGGUGCUCUUGUUCUACAAAACAAGGAAAUGGUCAAGAGUCUUCAAAUGUCACUAAGAAGGAUAAUGGAAGGAAAUUGAAGAUACCCAAAAUAUAUUUUGGGACACGCACGCACAAGCAGAUUUCUCAGAUUACUAGAGAACUCCGGAGGACAGCAUACGCAGGGGUCCCAAUGACUAUUCUUUCCAGCAGGGAUCAUACUUGUGUCCAUCCUGAAGUAGUUGGUAACUUCAACAGAAAAGAGAAAUGCAUGGAAUUCCUGGAUGGAAGAAAUGGAAAAUCUUGCUAUUUUUACCAUGGUGUUCAUAAAAUUAGUCAUCAGCACACACUGCAGGCUCUCCAAGGGAUGCAUGAAGCCUGGGAUAUAGAAGAACUUGUCAGCCUGGGGAAGAAAUUAAAGGCAUGUCCAUAUUAUACAGCACGAGAACUAAUGGAAGAUUCUGACAUAGUGUUUUGUCCCUACAACUAUCUUUUGGAUUCACAAAUAAGGGAAAGUAUGGACAUCAAUCUGAAAGACCAGGUUGUCAUUUUAGAUGAAGCUCAUAAUAUUGAGGACUGUGCUCGGGAGUCAGCAAGUUACAGUGUAACAGAAGUUCAACUUUGGUUUGCUCGAGAUGAGCUAGACAUUAUGGUAAAUAAUAAUAUAAGGAAGAAAGAUCAUGAUCCCCUCCGAGCUGUGUGUUACAGUCUCAUUAAUUGGUUAGAAACAAACUCCGAACAUCUUGUAGAAAGAGAUUAUGAAUCAUCUUGUAAAAUAUGGAGUGGGAAUGAAAUGAUUUUGCAUUUGCACAAAAUGGGCAUCACCUCUACCAAUUUUCCCAUUUUGCAGGGACAUCUUUCUACUGUUCUUCAAAAGGAAGAAAAAGUUGCACCAAUUUAUGGGAAGGAAGAAUCAAGAGAAAUACCCAUUAUUAGUGCCUCAACUCAAAUAGUACUCAAAGGACUUUUUAUGGUGCUUGAAUAUCUUUUUAGGCAAAAUAACAGUUUUGCAGAUGAUUAUAAAGUUGCUAUUCAACAGACUUACUCUUGGACAAACCAGGCUGAUAUUUCUGAUAGAAAUGCAUUCUUUGCUGUACCAAAAAAUAAGAAACGUUCUCGACAGAAAACUGUAGUUCGUAUGUUAAAUUUUUGGUGCUUAAAUCCAGCUGUGGCCUUUUCAGAUAUUAAUGACAAAGUUCGGACAAUUGUUUUGACAUCUGGAACAUUAUCACCAAUGAAAUCUUUUUCAUCAGAACUUGGUGUUACAUUUACCAUCCAACUGGAGGCUAAUCAUGUCAUUAAUAACUCACAGGUUUGGGUUGGCACCAUUGGCUCAGGCCCCAGGGGCCGGAAUCUCUGUGCGACGUUCCAGCACACUGAAACAUUUGAGUUCCAGGAUGAAGUGGGAGCACUUUUGUUAUCUGUGUGCCAGACUGUCAGCCAAGGAAUUUUAUGUUUCCUGCCAUCUUACAAGUUACUAGAAAAAUUCAAGGAACGUUGGCUCUUCACUGGUUUGUGGAAUAAUCUAGAGUUGGUGAAAACAGUCAUUGUAGAACCACAGGGAGGAGACAAAACUAAUUUUGAUGAAUUAUUGCAAGUAUAUUAUGACGCAAUUAAAUGCAAAGGAGAGAAAGAUGGUGCACUUUUGGUAGCAGUUUGUCGUGGUAAAGUGAGUGAGGGUUUGGAUUUCUCAGAUGACAAUGCCCGUGCUGUCAUAACAGUAGGAAUUCCUUUUCCAAAUGUGAAAGAUCUGCAGGUUGAACUAAAGCGUCAGUACAAUGACCAGCAUUCAAAAUCAAGAGGUCUUUUACCCGGUCGUCAGUGGUAUGAAAUUCAAGCAUAUAGGGCCUUAAACCAGGCCCUAGGUAGGUGUAUUCGACACAAAAAUGAUUGGGGAGCUCUUAUUCUAGUGGAUGAUCGCUUCAGAAGUAACCCAGGUCGCUAUAUUUCUGGACUUUCUAAAUGGGUACGGCAGCAGAUCCAACACCAUUCAACAUUUGAAAGUGCACUGAAGUCUCUGACUGAAUUUUCCAAAAGGCACUUAAAGAUCAUUGAUGUCUUAGAGGCCAGGAGGUCUGUACAGGACAAAGAAGGUAUACUUGAAGUGGCUUCUUUGAAAGACAACACCCCAACUUCUUUAUUGGAAAUAGAAAGUCAUCAGUCACCAGUAAAUCCAAAGGAAGAUGAUACAAGAAUCUGUGUCCAAGAACUUCAGUGCCCCAAAAUGAUAAUGAAAAAUCCAUCUCUACCAAGCACCGUCAUCUCCAGAAAGGAGAAAAGUGAUCCUGUGUUACCAGAAGACUCUGAACAGGCAGUGAAAGGAGAGAAAAAGGUGAUUUCCAGAUCCACAAGCCCAACCUUCAGCAAGCAGGCAAAGAAAGUUAGUUGGUCUAGUUUUUAUUCUUUUGGACGGUGCUUUACUGGUAAAACUCCAUUUGCAGCAGCGCCUGAGCUCAGACCAUCGGAGAACUGUGCCUCUAGUACUUCUACUACCAAAAUAGAGAAGAUGGAAAAGGAAACUGUUUUGCCGUUCAUGGAUAAAUGUGAGCCCUCAUCUCUAACAGUAGACACAUCAUUUGGGCCAUGGCCUCAAUCAGAAAUGAUUAUUUUACCAACAGAGAUUGAUGCUGCUCUUACCAAAAUAAAUCAUCCCAGUGAGGAAACCCUGGAUGCAGACAUUGAAAUGUCUCCAGAAAGUAAAGAUGCUAAACUUUCUACUUCAAGUGGUGAUUGUGUAACAGAAGCAGAAGAUGAAUCUAUCUACUAUACACCUGAACUUUAUGAUCCUGUAGAUACAAAUGAAGAGAAAAAUGAACUAGUUGUAACUAAUACAGACAAUAGAUUGGCUGAUGAUUCAAAUUACAUUUUAGUUGAAGACCUUUCUGAAUACAGAACUGUAAAGGAAAUGGAUUGAGUCAGUGAAGCAAAAAUAGAAGGUUGCACAGACACAGAAUUUAAUAGAAUCAUACAUCUUAAAAAACAUAAGAUUGAUAAACAUUGA